AUGUUCGAAGAUACAACUAUUGAUCUGGAGAAUGUAACAGGUGCUGAGUUUUACGAUGCCGAGACAACGCUCACAAACUCUUUCCAGUCCUUUCUAACGCCCAGGACUCUCGCUGAGACUAAAACAACGUUAGAUCACACGGUAUGUUUGGAGGACCUACCCUCGCCCCCCAAGAUUCCACCCUCACGAUCUGACAGUGUGAAGUCACGUGUUGAUCAGUUUAAUAAGUGGACUCAUCUCUCGCGGACGCUUGCUAAGGACUCAUUUGUAGACGACACAACACAUUCACCUCUACGUAGAUCAGCCCUCCGUGACGUCACCCAGGACAACACCUCCCCAACAGGCUGCAAACGCAAACUCAAGAAACAAGUCUCGUUUGUGGAGCACAACGAGAGCAACAUCUACCUUUACACCCCUGCUCCUUGUACCCCCCAACAAUGCGCUGCUAGUAACAUGGUCCACUCUCCCCCGCCUUACGAACAGAUUGCUGGACUAAUCGCUAACAGGAAGAGAGCCGGAAGAGGGAGUUUUAAUAGAUCUGACCAGUUCAUUGAUGCGACGUCGUCUUUCUCGCACAACAUUCGAUGAUCAAUUUUGGUGAAUUAACGCUUUUAGGGGUUGUUAUUUAGAAUUAUUAAUUUGCCAAAUUUUAUAUAAAUUGUUUAACGUUUGUCUGUUAUUGAACAUGUUUUUAACUAUCAGAUUCCAGAGAUUUUAAUCAGAAGAACCCAGACUGUUUUAAAGCAUACUGCGAAGUACAACUAUCAGACUACUAUUUGUUUUCAUAUAAUGAGUUGAUAUUCAAAUUCUGUGACCCAUUUUUGUUCCGAUAAAUACCAAUAUCAGUAUUGAUGAUACCUCCAGCCAUCUCGUACUUUAAGAAGGCUGGAAUCUAAAUGAUAAAUAUUCUUGAUAUCGUAUUUAUAAUAUUUGUAACCCUUGUAAUACUUUUAUAAUAUUUCGAUAUACAUAAUUAUAUUGCAUGACACUUUUAGUUCGAACCACUAAAUUUCAAGUGAUUAUUUUACGUCUUGUUGUAAAUCAUAUUCGUUAAUUUUUGUUGAAUCUUGCUAUAAAUUCAUCAAAUGCCACUAAAAGUUCAAGAUAAGCUGCAGCACUUUUAUGUUAAUGUUUCUGCAAUAGAAAAG